AUGAAGAAUGAUCAUCCUGUUUUUCGAAGAUUUUCACUCUCACGGCAAAUGAGUUUUGUAACUGGUGUGUACAACUCAUCGUGGAACAAUCUGCUGUAUGCUUGUAAAAUCAAAGUAUAUCCAAAUGGAAGACUGCUUCAUUAUUCCUACCCUGAAGGACAUACAUCCUACUGGUUUCACAGACUCAAAAUUUCUAUCAAUUUUACUUCCUGUAAUGAUUUUUUAACUGUUGGAUUUAUCCCUGAAGAAAUUACACAACCAUCACUGUUACCAUAUGAACAAAAUAUUACCUGUACCUCAAAAUUCCCACAAAUUAUUGAUUCCAAGCAUCGUAUUAUAUCACUUGUUUGGUAUACAGAAUCUGGUUCAAUUGAUGAGAUUAAUUCCCAGCUAGAUGUUCAAAUGUCAGCGUAUAUGAGGUUUGAAGGAAGUUUCAGUCUUAUCGACAAAAUGCGUAGAUGUGAAGUAGGCUCAGGAUUUUGGUGUGGAAAUCAAACAGCUGUCUGUGUAUAUGGUCAAAUGCGUUGUGAUCAAGCCGAUGGUUGUUUCGAUGGUGGAACAGACGAAAUUGGUUGUCCACCUGUUCGUAAUUAUACAUAUGUUCAACCAAGACGUCCAGUAAGCAGUUGGUCAGUAUACCUACCAUGGACGGGCUAA